GAUACUCCGAUAAGUUAAACAAACACCUGAGGAAAAACAUAAACAUAAGAGCACAACGUUUAGCAUUUCUUUAAUUCAAUAAUUAAAAUAGAAACCGUGCAAUGCAGCGUGGUAAAAUAUCAUUCGGCAAAAUACAGCUGAACGUAAAUAAAACUCCAGCUGAGCCGAAAAAAGACGAACAAGAAGAUGCCGGUGGAUUUAAGAAAAUGGACAAGCAGCAAAUGAUACGACAAAUUGAAGAUGUGGCCGAGGAUCUGGAAAGUCAGCAUCUGAAGGAAGUGAUGGGCAUCAGUGGCUUUGGACGUAAGGCGGCCAAAGUGUUUGACAUCAAUGAGCAGAUUGCCAAAGCGCGCACAGCAGCGCCGCCUGCUCCAGAGCCACAAGCAGCAGAGAAUGAGGAUGAGGAUGAAGAUGUGAUAGGACCAUUGCCUCCAAGCGCAGCAGUGGCCGAAACUGAGCAGCAACAGUCUGCAGAAGGGACUAAAACCAAGACUCCGCAAGCAGCUUCAACUGAUAAGGACGACGAGGAUGAGGACGACGCCGACAGCGAUGGUGACUCGGAUGGUGAGGAGAGUUUGCCGCGUCGCAUUCCCUACACACACGAAGUGCAAAUGCAGCACGGGUCGCGUGCCGUGCUCGCUUUGGCUGGCGAUCCAUCAGGCGCACGCAUUGUGUCCGGCUCGAUUGACUAUGACAUGUGCUUCUGGGACUUUGCAGGCAUGGACUCGUCCAUGCGCAGUUUUCGCCAGCUGCAGCCAUGCGAGAAUCAUCCAAUUCGUGCACUGCAAUACUCAGUGACUGGCGACAUGAUACUGGUCAUUUCUGGCAAUGCACAGGCCAAGGUGCUGGAUCGCGAUGGGUUCGAGAAACUCGAGUGCUGUAAGGGAGAUCAGUAUAUUAGCGACAUGAGUCGCACGAAGGGGCAUGUGGCACAGCUAACCUCGGGCUGCUGGCAUCCCUUCAAUCGCGAACAAUUCCUCACGGCCGCCUUGGAUGGCACUCUGCGUAUCUGGCAAGGAUUUCGGGUCAAGGAGCAACUGCAGGUGAUUAAAACUAGAGCACAGGGCGGCCUAAGAACGAGUGCCUCGGCCUGCAAUUACAAUCGGGAUGCCACACUGAUUGCGGCGGGCUGUGUGGAUGGCUCCAUACAGACCUGGGAUACACGCAAGAUGUUUGUGAAUACGACGCAUUGUGUGCGGGAUGCGCAUCAAAAGGGCUCCGAGAUCACGUCCAUUGUAUUCUCCUACAUGGGACAACAGCUGGCAACACGUUGCAACGACGAGACCAUGAAGCUGUGGGAUCUGCGCAACUUCAAGAAACCCAUGCACAGUUGGAAGGAUCUUUAUUCACGCUAUGACACCACCGAUUGUUGCUUUAGUCCCGAUGAUCGCAUGCUGGUGACGGGUGAAUCCCUAGCUAAGGGUCAAACGGAGGCAAAUUUGCAUUUCUUCAGCACACAAAGCUUUGAGCAAGUGCAGCGUAUUCCGGUAGCCGGUUCACAUAUCAUCAAAACGCUGUGGCAUCCCAAGUUGAAUCAACUGUUCGUCAGCUGUGGCAAUGGCAUCAUCAAGUGCUACUAUGAUGAGCAUCGUAGCAUACGCGGCGCCAAAUUGUGUGUGGUAAAGACUCAUCGCAAGCGACAACCGAUGGAAAUGGUUGGCGUAUCUCAGAUCAUAACUCCACAUGCCCUGCCCUUGUUCAGGCAAGAGAAAACGCGUUCCUCGCGCAAGAAGAUGGAGAAAGCACGCAUGGAUCCCGUCAAAUCGAAAAGACCCGAUCUGCCUAUUACCAGCGGUCAAGGCGGUCGUGUGGCCAGCUCUGGCGGAACACUCUCAUCCUACGUCAUACGGAAUUUGGGUCUGAGCAAGCGUGUGGACGAUGAUCAGGAUCCACGUGAAGCUAUCCUGAAAUUCGCUAAAGAUGCGGCAGAGAAUCCUUAUUGGAUUGCGCCUGCCUACAAGCAAACUCAGCCCAAGGCUAUAUUCUCCGAAAAACUGCCCGCUGAUGAAGGAGCUCCCUCAGCCAAGAAAACCAAAACGGAAUCGGAUGCCACCUAGUUUAUAAAUAGACAUUACCUCUGAUUAUUUUAGCUUAUAAAUAAAUACAGAUUUUAU